UUUUACGAGUGCACCACGUGACCCGGCUGUCAAACAUGGCCCCUUCCUACUGGGUGUGAGAGGAGCGACAGCUGACAAAGGAAAGAACUGUGUCCAGAAAGGACGGCAGCGAUUCAAAUCUCAGCACAGCUUCGUCCAGACAACGCUGCACUUAUGUGACAUCCACAGCAAGGGAAAAGUACCUGCCAAAUGAUGAAGUGUGCCAGAGAGAGGAACUGACAGAAGAAGGCCUUCAUUGUUGCAGACCAUCUGUUCAGAUCCACCCGCCUCCUCCUCCUCCUCCUCCUCCCUCCCUGUGAGCCCCCACCCGGCAGCCAUGCAUAUCAACCCGGUGUACGUGGAGUCCACUGUAGUUCUGGCGGUGGUGUUGUGUGUCCACAUGGCGGUGUGGAACCAGCACUCCUGGUGCAGCAUCGCCCUCGUCAUUCAGGCGUUCUACGUGCAGCACAAGUGGGACCGCCUGCUCAGGUCGGGGGGCGCCGUGUUCCAGUUUCGUCCAACAGCAAACAGCGGCAUCGUUCCAGCCUCCAUGGUGAUGCCUUUAUUGGGCCUGGCGCUGAGAGAAAAGUGCUCCGCCUCAGGGAAUGUCUACUUUGAGCGCUUCUCCAUGGUGGUCACCAUCACAGGCAUGAUGCUGGCUCUGUUUCUCUCCCUGAUUGCGCUGGGCAUCACAAGACCCGUCCCCACCAACACUUGUGUGAUUGCAGGAAUGGCCGGCAGUGCGAUUCUCUACACGACAAAGCAGACGCUGACCGUGUCUGAGGUCAUCGAGGUCUUAGAGGUCCUGUUGAUCUUCGUCUAUCUCAGUCUGAUUGUGCUUUACUUGCUGCCGCGCUGCUUCACGCCCGGAGAGGCGCUUCUCAUCGUCGGUGGAAUCAGUUUCAUUGUGAACCAGCUCAUCAAGCGCUCCCUGAACCUGGCAGAGGUGAAAGGAGAUCCAGUGAACUACUUCCUGCCGGUUGUAGUGGUGGGGUCACUGUUGUUGGGGGUUUUCUUUGCGCUGCUCUUCUGCUUCAUGGAGUCAGAGACUUGGGUGUCAUCACUUUUCUUUCAUAUGAUGACAGCGGUUCUGGGUCUGGGGAUCCUGAUGCCGUGGCUUUCCUUGUUCAUCGGCCGGCAUCCCCUCAUGUGGCUGCUGGACUUUGUUACGUUCAAUGACAGAAGACUCUGUCUGCUGGGGUACUGGGUGUUCCUGGCUGUCGUGGCCACUUUUGUUGUGUUACAUCAGAACUAUCAGCGCCAGUCGGGGUCCAAGAAGCACCAGGCCUCGACUGUUGUCAGGAAGUACUUCCAUCUGAUUGUCGUGGCCACGUACGUUCCAGGGCUGAUAUACGACCGGCAGCUGCUCCAUGUGGCCUCCGUGGGUUGCUUGGCGAUUUUCUUGUUCCUGGAAUACGUGCGUUACUUUAGAAUCAGGCCUCUCGGUCAGCUGCUCAGGCAGCUGCUCACCUUGUUCCUGGAUGAACGGGACUCGGGGCCUCUCAUCCUCACCCACGUUUACCUGCUGCUGGGCAUGUCUCUGCCCAUUUGGCUGUUUCCUGGGCCCUGUGCACCAAAGGGGAUUCUCCCUGGGGCAGGCGGCCUGGUGCCCUAUGCAGGUGUGCUCGCUGUGGGGGUCGGAGACACUGUGGCGUCUGUGUUUGGCAGCACCAUGGGGGAGAUCCGCUGGCCCGGCACUAAGAAAACCAUGGAGGGGACUGCAACAUCGGUGUUUGCUCAGAUCAUCGCCGUGGCCAUGUUUCUCAUCUUUGAUGGGAGCAUCAAUCUGAACUCUACCUACUCAUGGAUUGUUGGCUCCAUCACUCUGGUGGCCAUGUUGGAAGCCUACACCUCCCAAAUAGACAACCUCCUGCUCCCACUCUACCUCUUCAUCCUGCUGUUGCUUUGAAUGGGCAGAUGGCACAAACAAACAGAUCCCUCCCCCCCCCCGUUCUCAGCCCUGUAUGGUGGGCAAGCAAAAACGCUGAAGUUGGAAAAAAAUGUCUAAAAUAAUGUUGUAGAGGUCUCUUUAGGAAUCAGUGGACUUGAUCACAAAUAGACGUGGGUUUUACUAGCACAAGAGUUGACUAGUUAAAAGCCAACAGUGUAAUCAGGUCUCAUAAUUAUGUCAGCAAACAACACACACAAAAAAAAAAUCUUCUCCUCACUUUACUGGCGUAACGUUAGCAUGAAGUUAGAGUCUGUUGUGCUCAGAUCAUCUCAGUAUCAGUUGCUCUGGAAUGAGAAAUGAGACAUUUUUAGAGUAAGUUGCUGAGAAAUGUGAGGAAGAGUUGCUAAAUAUUCUUUGAGCUUCGUGACAGCGGUGGUGUAUGCUUUCACCGCUGACACCAACAACUCCUAAAUUAUGCAACAGGAGAUUCAGUUUAGCAAAGUGAGAAAACGUCCUUUUAAACCAGUGGUCCAGAAUAGUGGACCUGUGGGCGCCACAUUUUGAUCAUCAGUGAGGAUUCGUUUCCUAUUCUGCAAACAGAUACAUGCCUUUGUAUUGCCUUUUGAAGAACAUUAUUUAAAGUUAACUUAUUGAUACAUCUCUUUCUUAAUCAAGCCCUUCAUUCUUAGAUUAUUAUUUUGCCUCCCUGAUGGCAAUACGAAAGACUUACUGCUGAAAAUAUUUGCCUUAAGAAGUAUAUUUUCUAUCACAUAUGACUAACUAUUAUAGAGGCGGUAGAUGAAAGCAUGGCAGCCCUCAACUCUUCUUUACAAGGGCUGAUUUAUACUUAAAUAUGGCAGAAACUCACUAUGCUCCUGCAUGAUACUAAUGUGAAAUCAAGUACUGUAACAUAUAUGCAGGUAUCCUACGGUAUAUUUUUGUUGGAUAGAUCGACUUUGCUUAGUAUUUCGGUGGUUUGACGGGACCCCCAUAGCGGUAAAACUUAAUAUAUACAUUUCCUUGUGACACUGAGCCUUCAAACCGUGCGUAUUUUGGGACUGUAGAUAUGCUUCGGGCCAAAAUAAUGAACAAUGCCCCUUACUUUUUGUGACUUUUUUCCGUCCCAAAUUAUUUGAAAUGCUUUAUAGAAAUAUCCUUAAAUGUCACAAGUUUGAUCCAUCCAGAUGGGGACGCUACAGUUUAGAACCUGAACCUUGUUUUCAGCACAAUUUAAUUGUUUAAUGUUCACCUAUAAAAGUUCUUUGGUGUUUUUUUUAUGUUGUGAUUACAGUUUUAUUAGCAUGAUCCUGCUAGUAUCUUGUUUUUGCCAUCCUCCUUACAUUUUUUUAAAAAGAUGUAACACUGCAUGUUGAGUUUAUCAGAGGAGAAAAGAUAAAAACUGAAACGCCUCCUAUUUGUAGUCUGUUUAAUGCUGAUGUGAGGAUUGAGACGAGGGACCUGUGUGACUGGCUGACUGGACUUUAACAAGACAAGCGUUAACCCUUUGCUUUCUCAGUUUGAUUUGACGGCUAACAUAAGAAGCUUGCAGUUUAUAAUCAUUCGUACAUGAAGUUUGCUUGUUUUUCAUUUGAGUUGUGUCUUAAAAUGAACAUACUUGAAAACAGAAAUGCUUACUGUUGUCUGUAAAAAAAUAAAAUAAAAAUAAAAAUGUAAGAAUCUGCCAUCUCACUUGGACACAGAUUUGAAAAACAUAAAGCUGGUUGAUGUCAAUGAGGAAAUACUGAAUAAAAGUGGAUCUGGA